AUGCCGCGUGACGAGGUGGGUAGUGCCGCUGCGUCCCAUCGUGUUGCGCGACACGGUAACCCUGGCAACCUCCGUAUUUGCACGGCGACGGACGACCACAAGAGGCCUGACGGGGAGUCGCCGCGCCUCGACCACGCGUCAGCGGGCAGCGUGAAGGCUGUGGGUGGCUCACAACUUGCGGGGCCACAGCCGCUCUCUCGAACAGCUGGCACAACGGACGCAUUGUCAUUUUCGGCGACAAAGAAAAUGGCUCCGGCUUCUGGUCUACCGCUUCCGCCGUACCUUAACAGCCAGUUCAGUCCUCUUCUGGGAGAACUGCUUGACAAGAUCGUCGCCAUUGAGUCUAUAUUGCGGCGGCACGCUCAGCCAGCUCCGUCAUUUACGGCUUUUGACACUGACAGCAGUACGUUUGUAGAUUCGUUAUCCGAUGGCACCUUGUCCCCUCACUCGGACUGUUUCACAACUGACAGAGGAGGAGUNGACAGCAGUACGUUUGUAGAUUCGUUAUCCGAUGGCACCUUGUCCCCUCACUCGGACUGUUUCACAACUGACAGAGGAGGAGUUAUCCGCGGCAACAACAAUAGUUGUAAUAGGACAACGGAAUGUUGGCCGGUAGAAAAAAAUACGCCUCCAGAGGUUUUUUUAGAUCGACUGCUUGAUGAUGGGGCAGCAUGUCCCAAGCCAACGUCUGCGAUGGUGGUGAAACUCGAAGAGGGGGAGGAGGAUAUCCUUGGCGGUUUUGUUCAACAGGAAACACGGAAAGACGUUUCCACAUUGCUUCUUGACGAAAUUCUAGAUACGAAUGACGUGGUGGAGGACCACCAGCCGCCAUCGCCUCACAUUGCUGGUCCUCCCCCAAUUGUUUUGACUCCGACGAGCUCCUCGGCGAGUGUGCCGACUGAAGAAUUCUUUUCACUGAGAGGCGGCAGCACCUCCGUUUCGACUACAGUAAUAGCAACGACAACGCCAAGGGGUGAUGGCAGUUAUGGUGAUCGUGUCACAAGGGAUACCGAUGGUGCAUCAGUAUCGGCGGUAAGAGUUGUGGGCUCUAUGCAAGGGUGGGUAGGAUCGCUUCUUCAGUUGCGUGACGUCGUGGCCACGCGCAUAAAGGUCAUGCAACAGGAAGUAGAUACCUACUACAACCAGUUCUGUGAGUGCAUUGCCAACGCAGACCUUCUAGCGAAGCAAUCUAAGUUGAAUGAAGCAGUUACAAAACUUUGCGGCCACACCGAUCGUCUCAACACGGCCCGAAUGUUGCUUCAACAGGAGAAGUUACGCCUGCAGGUCAUUCUGCAGUCACCAACAUGUUCCAGUCAAAGGACCAGCAUGGAAGACUCUUACACGCACGAACAGAGUGCUGCACCAGCUGACGCAACGCGAGAAGAGGAACAGCAUACACAGCCGUCUGAAAGUGAUACCCUUGUCCCUGCUUCCCCUUUCUGUGUUUGUCAGACAGCUGCGCCCCUGCGCGACAGUUAUCUGCUCGCUCGCGAGGUUAUGUCACACCGCCGCCAGCUUCUUAGGCUGGUGGAGAUCUUCUGCGCGUGUCCCGAAGCUGUCGAGCAGUGGGCAGCGUUCCUAGAGGAGGAGGCGAACACCACGUGCCACACCGCCCUUGAGGGAAUUUUCCGGGAAUCUGAGGUGGAAAAGGAGAAGCUGCUGCGCGCCUUCGAGAUUAUGCUGUGGGAGAAACUUUGA